AUGAAGAGCCAGUAUCCUGAGAUCCAAGGCGGAGGCUCGCUCAUCCUUGCCUGGCAGAUUCGCAACAAGCAUGUUCUUGUCAUCGGAGGCGGCGAGGUAGCGGCCGGCCGCAUCGUGAAUGUGCUCAAUGCAGACGCAAAAGUCACUGUCGUCUCCCCGCGCUCGGGUCUCAACGAUGAGGUCGCAUACCGCGUAGACCAGAAGCAAGUCGAGCUUCGCGAUCGCAAAUUCGAACCGUCCGAUCUGGAAGGCGUUGAUAUGGUGCUAUGUGCUGUCGAUGAUCCCGAGGCUUCGACGCAAAUUUACAAGCUGUGCAAGGAGAAGAGAAUAGCCGCCAACAUCGCCGACGUACCGCCGGAAUGCGACUUCUACUUUGGAAGCGUGCACCGCGAUGGCCCCCUACAAAUCAUGGUCAGCACCAACGGCAAUGGACCGAAACUGGCAAACAUCGUCAGGAGGCAGAUUGCAGAUACCUUGCCCCACAACAUCGGUGCGGCGGUGCAAAGAGUCGGCAUACUUCGGAAGAAGCUGCGAAAGGUUGCUCCUGCCAUAGAGGAAGGUCCGAAAAGGAUGCAAUGGAUGUCAAAAGUCUGCGAACAAUGGACCCUUGAUGAGCUGUGUGAGAUGACCGAGGAAGAUAUGGAAGAGCUCCUGGGCUUCUACAAGCCAGGCACGGUCCCGUCGCUGGAUGCAGUCCGACUGGGGGAGGCAGAUGGCGCAUAUGAUGGACCUUUCUUGAUCUGA